AUGUCGGAUCUUGCGGUUGAACUUGAACUGGUUGCCCCCAACGGGCUGAAGUAUGUCCAGCCAGUUGGCUUGUUUAUCAACAACGAGUUUGUCGAGUCGUCGCUCAAAGGAAAGCUUUCGACUAUCAACCCUGCAACCGAGACCGAGAUUACGAGCGUCUACGCCGCCGGGCCUGAGGACGUCGACUCAGCGGUUCAAGCCGCGAGGAAGGCCCUUCGGGAGCCGUCAUGGCGAAACAUGCAUGCUACCGAAAGAGGGGACCUGUUGCUGAAACUUGCAUCGCUCGUGGAAGAGCACGCGCAUGUGUUGGCGACCAUCGAGACGUGGGACAACGGAAAGCCAUACCAGCACGCCCUCCAGGGUGAUGUUGCAGGGACGGCCAAAUGCCUGAGGUACUACGGUGGAUGGGCCGACAAGAUUCAUGGCGAGGUGAUAGAGUCGGGACCAUCCAAGCUGGCAUAUACGGUUCGAGAGCUGGUCGGGGUCUGUGGACAGAUCAUUCUGUGGAACUUCCCGCUGUCCAUGGCCGCAUGGAAGCUAGGCCCGGCGCUGGCAUGUGGCAAUACCGUGGUCCUGAAACCGGCCGAACAGACACCGCUCUCGGUGCUCUACCUGGCGAGACUGGUCAAGGAAGCAGGCUUCCCGCCCGGGGUGGUGAACAUCCUGAACGGCCAAGGCACGGUCACAGGCGCGUGCAUUGCGGCGCACCCGGGGAUUGACAAGAUUGCCUUUACCGGGUCUACCGCGACCGGGCGACAGAUCAUGAAACUGGCGUCGGCCAACAUGAAAAACAUCUCGCUGGAGACGGGCGGGAAGAGCCCGCUCCUGGUGUUCGACGACGCCGACCUCGACUCGGCCGCCACCUGGGCUCACAGCGGGGUCAUGUACAACCAAGGCCAGAUCUGCACGGCGACGAGCCGCAUCCUGGUGCAAGAGGCGGUGUACGACGAGUUUGUCACGGCGUUCAAAGACCGAGUUCGAAGCACGUCCAAGAUCGGGGAUCCGUUUGAGGAUGCCACGUAUCAAGGACCCCAGAUCACCAAGGCCCAGUUCGAUCGCAUCUUGUCCUACAUCGAGUCCGGCAAGCACGAGGGGGCGACCCUGUCCAUGGGCGGCGACGCCUACAAGGACGUGAACGGCCGAGGCUUCUUCAUUGCGCCCACCGUCUUCACCGACGUCACGGACGGCAUGAAGAUCUACCAGGAGGAGGUUUUCGGCCCGUUUGUAGUCAUUUCCUCCUUCCGCACCGAGGAAGAGGCUGUCCGCCGAGCGAAUGACACGACCUACGGGCUCGGCAGUUCGGUCUUCACCCGUGACAUGAAGAGGGCGCAUCGUGUGGCAAGAGACAUUGAGGCCGGCAUGGUCUGGAUCAACUCCAGCAACGACUCUGACUAUCGCAUCCCUUUCGGCGGCGUCAAGCAAUCCGGCAUCGGCCGUGAGCUCGGAGAGGCUGGUUUGGCUGCGUACAGCAACAUCAAAUCCAUCCACGUCAAUCUGAUAUAA